UCAGUUUGGGAGAAGCUAGGAAGGAGUCAAGGUGUCUGGCUCUAACUUUACCUCCAGUGAGAGAGACAGAGAGAGAGAGAGAGAGAGAUAGUGCCCUCUCUCUUUCCCUAUUACCUGCUUCCCAUCUUACCUAGUGCUAAUUAGUGCGCUGUACAGGUUCUCGGCUGACGAAGAGAGAGAAAGAGAGCGAGACAGAGAGAGAAGAGAAGAGACAACACUCAAGCACCCAAGCACCCACAGCCUCUUAGGAACCAACACACACUCACACACACACACACACACACACACACGCAAACUUUACAUAGUCAUAACGGCCCCAGUUUUUGCACGCAGUCUGAACGCUGCACGCAAAAACAUCACAUUUUUGACUCGUUCACAGCGGUACCCUCGAGGUCGACCACCUGUCACUCGAGGACACUUCUGAGCUUGUCCUCGAAGUUCCCAACCUCGAGGACGAGACCCAAGUCCUCGACCUCGAAGUCCCACUGAAAUCGUAACAAGUUCCCGCCAAGAUGGGUCACCUUUGUUUUGUUCUUCUCGUCCUCUUCAUCUCGUCUCCUGUAGUUCACGAUUUUGAUAUCUACGGUGAUGCUAAUGUCUCCCUCGGCAGGAUAAGAAGGCAAAUCCUACAGCAGGAACCCCACAUGCAGCCCAUCCUUAACCCUCCCAUCCCCACGUCUAUAGGACACUAUCUGGGGGCUGACCAAGCGGUGGAUAGCUGCGUGCGGGACGAGGUGCUGGUGAAGGGGGGAUGCCAUCGCCUCCUCACCCAGGGCCCGUGCGCGAGGGACGAGUACGUGUUGAUGGACCCGGGAGAUUUAAAGGGGUACUGUGCUCCCCGCCUCUGUGCUCCUGACAGGAUCUUCGUGUUUAGUGACCAGCAGUGCCAUGACCCCAAGAACACUGCCCUGUGUCCGCCGGGGCGCCACCUGUACCAGACGGCUUACGGUACACCGGUUUGCCAGUGUCCCGACGGUACAUAUGAGGGAGAUGAUGACCUUGAUGAUGAUGUGUGUGACCCGAUCCUCGGCAGAACACUCUCCUGCCCCCCCAACCAGGUGUUGUGGUUCAGGAAUUUUAAGAUGCCACCGGAGUGCUUGCCAGACCCUUGUGGCGGAGAAAACCUGAACAGAGGACCCAAUGAUCUGCCCUUCAUCCCUUCUGCUACUGAUGGGAAGUGCUACCAGCUGGGCCAGAGGCCAGCAGUGUGCCCAGCCAAGACGUGGUAUUCCCUCGCACUGGAGACUCUCAGGGGCGUCUGCAGUGACAUAGAAGAUGCAGGCUAUCAGGUUUUCGAUCAAGAGACUUUAGCCUUCCUGACGGAGAUGUACAGUGCUCCAAUAGCUCGGGAGACCACCGCACCUAUCUCCCCUGGGCAGUCACCACCCGCAGGUCAAGGUGGGAUAGGAGGUCAGGGCCAAGUGUUCUCAGGUCAAGGGGCCAUUGCAGGUCAGGGUCAGGUGUUCUCAGGUCAAGGGGCUAUUGCGGGUCAAGGCACCACGACUCUUCUAGGACAAGGACAAGGCGGUGCUGGGUUCAGGGGUCAGAGUGCAGUGCCCGGGCAGCAGUUUAGAGGUCAGACUGGAGCCACUGGGCAGGGAUUCACUACCAACCUGGGCCAGCCUGGAACCACCACUGGGCAAAUGUUUACUGGUUCCAGCGGUGGUCAAGGGUUCAGAGGACAACCUGGAACCACAACAGGACAGACCUUCACUGGUUCCAGUGGUUCCAGUGGCCAAGGAUUCAUGGGCCAGCCUGGAACAUCUACUGGACAAACAUUUACCAGUUCCAGCGGCUCCAGUGGCCAGGGUGGUUCUACAGGUUCCAGUGGGCAGACAUUCACUGGGCAGACGGGGGCGAGUGGGCAAGGGUUCACCACCAACUUUGGGCAGGUUGGAAGCACAGGACAGGGCUUCAGGGGGCAGGAUGGCACCACCACGCAGGGGCAGACUGGAGGCACCUUUCAAGGAUUCCCUGGAAGCACUCAAGGAUUCUCCCCGCAGUUCACUGGCCAAGGAUUUACAGGACAAGGCUUUACAGGACAAGGCUUUACAGGGCAGACCUUCCCCGGGCAGACCUUCCCCGGGCAGACCUUCUCCGGGCAGACAUUCCCAGGGCAAAUGUUCACAGGGCAAGCUUUCCCAGGGCAGCAAUUCGCAAGCCACCAGUUCGUAGGGCAAGGCACGUUUGGUCAGCGGGGAACCAACACCAGCCUACAAUCACCUCGUGGGUUCACAGGGCAGGCUGGCACGACCCCUAGCCAGAUGACGACCACCACCAUAGGCCAGACUCCUUCAGUCACCUACGACCCCUCCAGAACGACCAGCACCUCCACCACGACCGUCCGAGGCCAGACGACCACCACGGUGUUCGGCCAGUCAGGCACGACCACGGCAGGGCCACCGGGGGCACCCAGGGGCGGCUCCCACAGGGGUCACCCGCCAUACAUCACUUCCAGAAGCAGGAACCAGCAGGCUUCACCAUCGCCAUCACCGCCAUCGUCGACAGUCACGCAGUUACAGCCAGUCUCACAGCAUGCCCCUGGAACCACAACUUUCCAGGGCUUCAGUCACCAGCAUCCCAUGGUUCACAGCCAUUCCAGCUUCCACAACCCUCACAUGGGCCACGCAUCACCAGUACUAAGCCCACGAAUGCCCAUGGGACACCACAUGAUAAACCAACACGGGGCACUCAUCCCGGGCCAGCCAAUCUUCCUGAGUAACGAACAACAAUCCCUAGAGAUGUUUGGGGGUCCAGGAGCCAUGAGGACUCAGCUGGGGCGGUCCAUCAGCUCCCACCCUGGUUUCUCCGCCAAUCCCAUGACCCAGGGUGAUCUGAGUGUGGUCAUGGGGCAGCUGUUGGCUCAAAGGAGUGGGCUGUCCGGGGCCUCUGAUCUCAGCUUUCUCCAGACACCGAGAUCACAUCCACACCAUGGCUUCUUCAAUGGAGUGAAAACUUUGAUGGCUGGCGUACUGGAGACCCCCUCCUUCCAGCAGCAUCAGCAGCAGCAGCAGCAGCAACAGCAGGCCCCCCAGCAGACCCAGACGCACCACAGGGGUAAACGCUCCCCGCUGCCCCACGCCACCCCCGGGAACGUGUUCGAAACGCGUCUGGUGGGAUGCCGAGCAGGUGCCCAGAGAGAUAUUAAUGCCAAGUGCCGGAAUACGAUCCUUCCCUCGGAGCCCCCAGCCAAGAGGAGCCUCCGUGCAGUCCCUCCCGUGCCGCCCCGCCCUGGCUGCCCCUCAGGCCAGGCGUACGACCGGCGGAGGAGGUGCGCCCCUAUCAACGACGCUGUCAACUCUAUCAAUGCCUUCAACCUUGGAAAGUGAAGCCCCCCCGACGCCAUCUUGGAACUCCCACUGCUCUCUUUAUUCCUCUCUAUCUCCUUUACUUUAUUCCCUUUUCCUUCUAUUCCCUUGUUGUCUCACUUAUCUUCCACUUCUUUCUCUCUCCGUAUUCCGUUCACUUCCAUCUCUUCCUUCUCUCUAUCUCCUUUUUCUUCAUUCUCUUUUCCCUUGUGUUCCUUCCUUCUUUUUGUGUCUUCUUUAAUUAUCUUUUACUUCCACUUCUUUCGUUCUUUCUUUCUGUUUCUCCUUUAUUCCCGUUUGCUUCUCUUUCCUUCCCCAUCUCGUUUAUUUUCUCCUAUUUUACCUUCAUUUCUUCCUUCUCUUCACCUUUUAUUUCAUUCUCUCUUACUUCCAUUUCUAUUUAUCUAUCUAUCUAUGUCUGUCUGUCUGUCUGUGUCUGUUUAUCUUUCUAUCUAUCUAUCUAUCUAUCUAUCUACCUAUGUAUCGGUUUAUCUGUCUAUCUAUCUAUCUAUCUAUCUAUCUGUCUAUUGCACCAUCCCCUUCAUUAUUGAUAGCAUAGAAUUAACUUAUUGUAUCAUGUCCACACAAUUACCAGGCCAAAAUACUACCCACUCUCCCUCUCUCCCUCUCACUCCUCCUCCACUAUCCCUCUCCCUCUCCCUCCCCCCCUUUCUCCCAAUGUUACCUUUUUAAAGAUACAUUAGUGUUUAUGGUACAGGUGUGUGUGUGUGUGUGUGUGUGUGUGUGUGUGUGUGUGUGUGUGUGUGUGUGUGUGUGUGUGUGUGUGUGUGUGUGUGUGUGUGUGUGUACGUAUAAUUCUUCUUAUAUAUGAGGUAUUAUGUAUAUGUAUAUUUUAGUUACAGCAUUUUCUGAGCUUGUAUAUACAAACUACUACUACUACUACUACUACUACUACUACUACUACUACUACUGUUGCUGUUACUACAAGUGAAGAAAAUAUUAUGUUAUGUAAUUGUUAAAAGUAAGAAAAAAAAGGGUAAAAAUAUUA